UGUUUCCCCAGUUGCCUCCUCUACAGGUCCCUGGUUCCCCUCCAAGGCCUCAAGGCUUUGGCAGCUCUGCAGGACGAAGACAUGGCCAGGGGCGCUGACAACACGCUCAGGUGGGCGACUCUGGUGGUGCUGGCCGCCCUGGGCACAGCUGUGACAGAGGCUGCCAACCCCGGCAUUGUGGCCAGGAUCACACAGAAGGGCCUGGACUACGCCUGCCAGCAGGGAGUGACUACUCUGCGGAAGGAGCUGGAGAAGAUCACGAUUCCCGCUUUCUCCGGAAGCUUUAAGAUCAAGUAUUUUGGGAAAGGACGUUAUAACUUCUACAGCAUGGUUGUUCGUGGAUUCAAGCUUCCCACUCCCCAGAUAAGACUGUCACCUGACCGGGGCCUUGAUCUCUCCAUCAAAGAUGCCAGUGUCACGAUCAGUGGAAAGUGGAAGGCCCAAAAGAAUUUCAUCAAAGCCAGCGGCAACUUUGACCUGAGUGUGGAGGGCAUCUCCGUUUUGGCUGGUCUGCGGCUGGGUUAUGACCCCACCUCGGGCCACUCCACCGUCUCCUGCUCCAGCUGCAGCAGCCACAUCAACAGGGUCCACGUACGCACGUCCGGCAGCAGCCUGAAGUGGCUGAUCCAGCUCUUCCACAGAAGAAUUGAAUCUGCCCUCCGAAAAGCCAUGGAGAGCAAGAUCUGUAAGAUAUUGACCAAUACCGUGUCCUCCAAGCUGCAGCCUUAUUUCCAGACCCUGCCAGUGACAGCCAAAGUGGACAGAAUGGUUGGCAUCGAUUACUCCCUGGUGGCACCUCCAAAAGCCACGGCUGAGAACCUGGAUGGGCUGCUGAAGGGGGAGUUUUUCAGCCUGGCCCACCCCAGCCCCCCUCCCUUUGCCCCACCGGCACUGGCCCUUCCUGCUGACCACGACCGCAUGGUGUAUCUGUGCAUCUCCGAAUACUUCUUCAACACGGCCGGGCUGGUGUACCAAAAGGCUGGAGUCCUGAAUCUGACCAUCAACAACAACAUGAUUCCAAAGAAAUCUCUGUUCAGCCUGACAACCAACUUUUUUGGAACUCUCAUACCCCGGGUGUCCACGAUGUUCCCCAACAUGGAGAUGCAGUUCCUCAUCUGGGCCUCCUUCCCCCCGCACUUUACCGUGCACCCCUCUGGCCUUGACCUCAUCUUUGUCCUGGAGACCCAGGCCUUUGCUGUCCUUCCGAACGCCUCCUUGGCCCCCCUCUUCCUGAUUGAGAUGAACAGCAGCAUUUCUGUGGACAUUGGUGUCCGGUCCAAAAGGCUUAUUGGAGAGCUCAGGUUGAACAAGCUGCACCUGGAACUGAAGCACUCAAACAUCGGCCCCUUCUCGGUGGAAUUGCUGCAGGCUGUCAUGAACUUUGCCAUGCCCACUCUCAUGCUUCCCAAGAUUAACGAGAAGCUGCAGAGAGGCUUUCCUCUCCCGCUGCCCGCCUACAUCCAGCUCUUCAACCCGGUGCUUCAGCCUCAUCAGGAUUUCCUGCUGUUCGGUGCAGAUGUCCGCUAUAGCUGAAGUCGCCCUGGGUGGCAGCGGCUGUCAAUCCUGUCGGCAGGUGAGGGGGCUCAGCCCUGGUUCCUGACCGGCCCGCAGGGCCCAGACUGCCCCUCCCCAGGUGUCUCUCUCCAGCUCUUGACCCAGAGACCCUCGCAAACUUCUAUGAACUCAGAUUCUGAGGGAACCUUACUCCUUGGAAAAGGGUGCCGUGUGUAUCUUAGGGAUUGUGAAUUUCUUUCAGGGGCUCGGGCGGCAUGGACAUGCCCUCCAGGCAUUGCAUUUCGAUUGUAAUCACAGUAAUUCUCUUUGCGCUUCACACAACACACC